AUGGCUUCUACGAAUAAAGACACGAUCACCCUGACAGCUCACUGCCUUUGCAAAGCAAAUGUCUAUACGACAGACAUUCUCAAAUCAGAACUACCUCUAUCAGCACACACAUGCCAUUGCACCUCCUGCCGCCACCUGACAGGCGCGCUCUAUACCAGCGAGACGCGUUGGCCUGAGCCACGAUCGAACGUCGACGUUUCCAAGCUCAAGAUCUACAAAUUCUCCUCCAGGAUCAAUCUCUUGUUUUGCCCAACUUGCUCUACGCCUGUUUUCUGGGCCACAUCCUCGGAUGAGAAUCGCCUACUUGGCGUCUUUACUGGCGUCUUGACCAACCAUGAUGAUCUUGUCAAGUUCAGCAACCACGAUUUCGUCGGUGACACCCUUGAUGGUGGCGCAAGCGUCUGGCUACGACAUCCGAAUGCAGACGGCACUGAAGUAAAACGCUUCAAACUGGAUAGUGACACGAAAGAUGCCGAAGAACUCCCUGAAGAUUGGCCCUCUCCAGCUGAAUUGACGGGAUACGAAGCGAAGAAGGAGGACGCCGUUCCGAUCCGCUGCAGGUGCAAAGGUGUCGACCUUGUUCUUCACCGAGGCGAUUACUCGGGCGUAAAGAAGGAGGAGCUGCCCUUCAACAUCGAUCCCAAAACGCACAAGCUCCUAGCUGACUUCUGUGGCUGUGACUCCUGUCGUCUCCAGUCCGGAAUUGAUACCUUUUAUUGGACGUUCUCAGAGAUGAAGCACAUAUCCUUCGGGAGCCACAACGGGCUUUUCCCCACAAACAAGACUGAGCUAAAGAAGCUAGUCGAUGCGCAAGGCCCCUCUGUCGGCACCCUCACCUACUACGCUUCUUCCCCCCAUGUUGAUCGCUUCUUUUGUAGUACCUGCUCCGCUUGUAUCUUUUUUACCUCCGACAACCGACCUGAACUUCUGGAUAUCGCUGUGGGUGUACUUGACGCAUCAGAUGGAGCUCGUGCUGAAGGACUACUUUCCUGGACCUAUGGCGCGGAACUCAGCUACAGAGAGGAUGGCGAUGGUGGGUGGCGAGAGGGGCUGUUCACUAGGGUGGAGACAGAUGCCGAGGACUACCGGAAGGCUCGGGGUUAUCCAAAGAAUUGGAAGAGAAUCUCGGAUGAAGACGCUGCUUUGAAUGAUACUGAAAAGUGA